AUAGAUACCUCCCCUGUGAUGUGCAGGAAGCCACUCGAGAGCUUUCUCUUUCUGUGUGUAGUGUGUGCAACUAGGAGGCUUGUUCCAUACUAGUUUGCUAGGUCAUGGAAAAGAGCGAGAUUUUCGUAGGAGCACACUCAUAUGCAGCUAUAUGUGCUUUUACACUCAUCAUAGGAUGGUUAGCUCACUGGGUAUACAGAUGGAUAAAUCCUCCAUGCAAUGGGAGGCUUCCUCCGGGCUCAAUGGGCUUCCCUAUUGUUGGUGAGACCUUCCAAUUUUUCAGAACAAGUCCAUCAAUAGACAUGCCAAUUUACUACAAGCGAAGACUGGAGAGGUAUGGACCUAUAUUCAAAACUAACAUAGGAGGCCAGCACGUGGUCAUAUCCCUUGAUCCCGAGGUGAACCAGUUCAUAUUUCAACAAGAGGGGAAGUUGUUCCAAUCCUGGUUUCCAGAAACCACACUAAACAUCUUUGGAAAGAAGACACUCACCACGUAUAAUAGAACUGCUCACAAGUUGAUCCGGAGCUUCGUAUGCAAGCUCUAUGGCCCUGAAAACGUGAAAAAAUCACUCCUGCCAGAACUAGAGAACUCCAUGAGGGAAAGCUUGGCGUCAUGGAUAGGAAAACCUAGUGUCGAGGUGAAUGAUGGCGUGUCAAAUAUGAUCUUCGGCCUAGCUGCCAAACAUUUGAUUGGCCUCGACAUCACCAAUUCAGGAGAAUUGAAAAAGAACUUUCAGGAAAUAUUUCAAGUGAUGGUUUCCAUCCCAUUCCCAAUAUAUUUUCCAGGGACCUCGUUUUACCGAUGCAUGCAGGGUAGGAGAAAUGUAUGGACCACACUAACAAAUGUAAUGAAAAAGAGGCUAAGUGCACCUGGAAACAAAUUCGGCGACCUUGUCGAUCUGAUAGUUGAAGAGCUACGGAGUGAAAAUCCAACAAUUGAUGAAAGUUUUGCUAUAGACACUCUAUCUGGGCUCUUGUUUGCUAGCUUUGCACCGCUAUCGUGCACCUUGACUACAACUUUUAAGUUCCUCAACGACAAUCCUGAAGUUUUUGACAAGCUCAAGGAGGAGCACGAAAUGAUACUGAAGAAACGAGAGGGUGCGAAUUCUGGGUUCACAUGGGAGGAAUACAAGUCCUUGAAAUUCAGUACUCAGGUUGUGAAUGAAAUUAAUCGAAUCACUACGGUUAUACCUGGUGGUUUCAGGAAAGCACUAACAGACGUGCAAGUAAACGGAUAUACAAUUCCGUCUGGGUGGCUAGUCAUGAUUAGCCCCAUGGGAGUGCAUCUAAACCCAAAAUUGUUCGAGGAUCCACUCAAAUUUGAUCCAUGGAGAUGGACGGAGGAGAAGAGAAUCUCGAUGCAAAGGAAUUUCAUGCCAUUUGGAGGAGGAAUCAGGAUGUGUCCUGCGGCAGAGUUUAACAAGCUUUUUAUCACACUCUUUCUCCACAUCGUGGUGACCGAGUAUAGAUGGAAGGAUAUCGACGGAGGGAAUGUAAAGCGUAUCUCCGAGGUUUUGGUCGCUCAAGAGUAUCAUAUUCAACUAGUUCCUCAGACGUAACAUACCUAUGGGAUAUUCAUCUAUAAAAAACCAAGUGUCAAUGGAUCCUACGGAGCUAUUCGUACAUGUACUUCAAUAUUUUCAUCAUAUGGUCCUCUUAUGUGUGUGUGUGUGCAAGUUUGAAUUUCCAUAUAUUGUUCCAUACUUCCAUUAAAGUCUCAUAUGAUUUUCCUCGAAUUUGAUGAACUAGCCGCCAAACCGUGCAUUGUAUCACUUUUCAUAUAUUGUUAUAAUAUCAUUAAUGUAUUGGUUAUCUAUAUCA